AUGAAAGGGACCCUUCUGCUGGCCUUGCUGGUGACUGGAGAACUGAGCUUCCAGACAACAGAAUCACUUGUUCCUUUUUUCAAAGUCUAUGCAAGUGUUCUCUCUGGAAAAAGAUUGUAUCAAGAACUCCAGAUAUUCAAUGCUACUGCAGAGGAAGCCAUGGACGCCAGCCCAGAAUCCCAGUCAUACUAUAGUCUUAACAAUUUUAGAUCCAUUUUAGACUUUAUUUCCAACCUAUUAGGAGAAUAG